UUUAAUUUCAGCCGCUCAGCUCAGCUCAGCUCAGCUCGAUGAGAGGAGAAGAGUCUCGGUGAGGCCCGUCCAGGCCCGCCGCCCUUUCCUUGCCCAGCGAGUAAGAGACGGUCUUUUCCGUUCUGUUCCAAGGGAGAUUUGGGAAUCAGGCGGACCAUUUCCUGGGCUCUUUGGCGUUUGCAAAGACGAUGAAUCGGACUUUAGCUGUGCCUCCCUGGAUUGAGUACCGGCAUCACAGGCCGCCCUACACAAAUCUGCAUGUUCCGUACAAAGAAUACUUCAAGCUGGCACCUCUUCUAAAAUACCACCGAGUCAUUAGCUUGGAGGAAUUUAUGGAGAAGCUGGCACCUACCCACUGGCCUCCUGGCAAGAGAGUGGCAUAUUGCUUUGAAGUUGCAGCUCAGAGAAGCGCUGACAAAAAGACCUGUCCUAUGAAGGAUGGAAACCCCUUUGGGCCUUUCUGGGAUCAAUUUGCUGUGGAGUUUGAUAGGUCGGAGCUGUUUGGAGGCCUCUCCUUCAGUGCCUUUUAUAAGGACGACUGGAACCAAAGGUUUCCACCCUCUGAACAUCCUAUCCUUGCCCUUCCGGGUGCACCAGCCCAGUUUCCUGUUCUGGAAGAGUACCGGCCCCUGCAGCGCUAUGUGGUGUGGUCUGAUGAGAUGGUGGAUAAAGGAGAGUCCUAUAUUAAUUCACUCCUAAUCAGACCCUACGUGGGAAUCCAUUUGCGUGUGGGUUCAGACUGGAAAAAUGCAUGCAAUAUGUUGAAGGAGGGCACUGCUGGGUCCCAUUUAAUGGCGUCACCACAAUGUGUGGGCUACAAUCGCAAUACCGCUGCGCCCCUGACCAUGGAUAUGUGUUUGCCAGACCUGAAAGAGAUCAAGCGAGCCCUCAAACUCUGGGUGAAGAAGAUAGAUGCAAAAGCCGUGUACGUUGCCACUGACUCUGAGCCCUAUACCAAAGAAAUACAGCAGUUUUUCAAACAAAAGAUAAAAGUGGUAUAUUUGCAACCUGAAGUUGCCCAGAUAGAUCUGUAUAUUCUUGGCCAGUCUGAUCAUUUUAUUGGCAACUGCGUUUCCUCUUUUACUGCCUUUGUGAAACGGGAGCGGGAUGUGCACAGGAGGCCAUCCUCCUUUUUUGGCAUGGACUACCCACCAAAGCUGCGAGAUGAAUUGUAACAGAGAGGACAAUAUGCGUUGGGUUUCGUGACACACAACUCAGCUUAACACUAAACCCAGUUGGAAGCAAGCGUGCAUCUGGUAAAUUCACCCUGGUGCCAUUCUUUUAUAGUCUGAGCUGGAAGAAUAGAGUGACUUCUCAGAAAAUCCCAUAGUUGAAUCAAGGAAUCCUCUGAAUAUGCUACUUGAACUUCCUCCUUCCCUUUUCACGGCCUUCUUACCUCAAUCAGAAUUAAUGUCUCAACUGGUGCUUGCUUAGUGCCCAGUACGUUAUAAUGGCACGAUCAGUAAGUCACAAAAACGUUCUGGAGUUCAGUACUGACAAACAGAAGACGGUUUAAUUGCCCCUGAGCAAUAUUUGCCUGGCGUGUUUUAGCUUACCUCUUUCCAGAAUGGAUUCAAUCUCCAUUUCCUUUGCUUGGACUAGAGAGACUAAAUCUGAAUUUGCUGGGAUCUGUAAUGUGAUUUGGAUCUUCAGAACAAAGUCCUAAUUAGCACUGAAGCCUCUGAAGUAACUGGAGGAGUGUCCUGCAAGUAUACUCCUCCAGGCAUACAAGUUUAACAAUAAAUAAAUAAAUAUACAUUAAAAAAAAAACUUUUCAGAAUACAAGAGAGAUUUUUUAAAGUGGUUUUGUAUUUUACAGAAAUAACAGUCUAAAUGCUGAAAAGCAAUCUCCAAGGAAUCAUCUCUUUUUUAAAACACAAAAACAUACUCAUUCCUUAUUUUUACUGGAUACAUCAACCAUUUUUCAGAGAGUUCUGAGUAUCUUGUUGGAGAAGACUCCUGAGAAUACUGUGGACAGCCAAGAAAGCAAACCCAUAGAUCACUGAACAAAUCCAAC